AUGCCAAUCACGUCGGUGUCAGCGUCUCUACCGCUGGAGACGGAAAAAGCAAUCCGGGCCUGCUUGGAAGUUGCUCUCCGACUGUCCUCCGAUGACGUCUUUGCAGCAGCCGACCGCAUCGAAAAAUACCGCCUCGAGCCCGCAGCCUUCCCCGUCCUUCUCAGACGCCUCGAGACCGACCCUCGCAUUUCCCUCCCACGGCUCCAUCUCAAGUACGGCUCGAAGGCCAGUUCCGUGUCUUUUGAGAUGCCACAGAGCCCCCUCGACCCCAUCGUCGCCCGGCUCUUCAGUCAUACCGCCUCGAGCGUUGCCGGUGACAUCAUACCCAAAGUCCAGCAAUUCCGCAACCACUUUGUAUCGCUGCCCCCGCCGCAGUCAGAUCCAGACGCAUGUGAAUACGGCAGCGUCAGGCGCUACACGGACGUCGCCUGGUAUGCAAACGGCAAGAACAGCACCGACUUUCCGUGCGUCGUUUCCACGAUCUCCUCCACACAAUCGUCCAGCUUUGAGGAGCUGCAGAAGAAGUGCAUCGGAUUCGUCUCGCUCUCCGAAAUCCACAUCGGCGCCAUCGUUGCGAUGAAGAUUCAGCUUGAUUGCAAAGCCCCGAAAAACUCGGUGGAACGCCCCCUCUACGAGUGCAGAGUGGCCCUACAUGUCUGGACCUUGGGCAAUGCAGACUUCACCGGUCCGUUGGAUUCGACGCCCAACACUAUGCUUGACGAAAGCAUCUCUUGGCGCCCGUGGCAUUUCGCAAAGUACAUACUGGGGGAGAGCUAUUCAGACCGCCCACCGAGUCCCAAGUCUCUGAGCUACGCCCCCUGCGAGGACACCAAGAAUUCUCGAUCGAGACAAACCCUGGUCGCACGAAGUGAGUGGACUACUCAGGAUAUUCAAUGA